CCCGGACGACGAACAGAAGCUUCUCAUUCAUCUGUCUUCUCUCUUCCUCUGAUAAGUGAACGAGCUGUUUGUCUUCUUUCUUUUUCUUUCACUCUUUCACCCCCUGGUUGGUAGUUUUCAUCCCAUUUAACUGCUUCCACGCUGAAAUGCUGAGCACGGCCACUUGAGCUGAAUUGUGGCUAACUGAUGAAGCUAACGUGGCUGGCUAGUUAGCUAGCUAGCUAGCCGUGUGUUGAUUGAACGAACCGGCGAGGCCCAACUGGACCCUCGGUCUUUCCCGUGGAGACUCCCCCGAAGACGAGCACGCCAGAAGCAAACCCCAGUGUUCAUCGUCUCCAUUUUGUUCCCCGAGGUUUAACAGAUUCAGAAGUGCAAAAGUCAAGAUGGAGGCUCCUCCUGUCACGUCGAUGCCAGUCACUGGCGGCACAAUCAAUAUGAUGGAGUAUCUGCUGCAAGGCAGUGUGUUAGAUCAGGCCCUUGAGAGCCUAUUACAUCGCCUCCGAGGUCUUUGUGACAACAUGGAGCCGGAGAUCUUCACAGAUCAUGAACUGGUUUAUCUUCUGAAAGGCCAACAAGGCAACCCCUUCAUCCUGCGUGCCCGGCGCUCCCUCUCCCACCCCACAGCUCCCUGGCACCUCCGCUACCUGGGCCAACCUGAGGUGGGAGACAAGAGCCGCCAUGCCCUAGUCCGCAACUGUGUGGACGUGGCUGCUUCUCACAGCCUGCCGGAGUUCCUGAAUGAGAUGGGCUUCCGCAUGGACCAUGAGUUUGUGGCGAAUGGACACAUAUUUCGAAAAGGAGUAAUGAAAAUCGUGGUUUCCAAACUGUCACGCGUCCUAGUACCAGGGAACACCGACAACACGGAGCGUCUGUCACUUUCAUACCUGGUGGAGCUGAGUGUGCUGGCCCCGGCUGGGCAGGACACUAUGUCAGAGGACAUGCGCAGUUUCGCUGAGCAGCUCAAACCCCUGGUUCACUUGGAGAAGAUAGACCCGAGCAAACAGAGACAUUAACUGGACUCUCACUACUGCUAUGGACAAAUUCUCAUGUUUCUUGUUUUUUACAUCAAUGUCUCUCUUGUUACCUAAAAUGAAAUACAGUGCAUCUUUGAUUGAACACUUA